CACAAUCCAACCUCCUAGUAUCGAAGCACAACACCAGACCACCCGCCGGUAUCACAGUAACACCAGAAACAGCCUCCGCACGCACGGCUUCCUCCCACCGCGGCACACUACCGCUACGAGACCGCCUCUACCGGAGAGAACGCCGCCAGAUCGUCACCAGCACCCACCAGAGUAGCGCCGAUCUCCCACCGCACACGUCGACGGCAGCCCACACUCGGUCAGAGCAAGCCAACCACCACAGGCAGCCCUACAGUAGAAAUGGGGAGUGAAAGCAAUUUGAAGACAUGGGUAUCUGAUAAAUUGAUAUCGCUGCUGGGAUAUUCUCAGCCCACGGUUGUUCAGUAUAUUAUCGGACUAUCUAAGCAAGCAACGUCACCAGCUGAUGUGGAGGGCAAACUCGUGGAGUUUGGACUGUCUUCAUCAAGUGAAACCCGUGCAUUUGCUGCAGAAAUCUUCUCUAGAGUGCCCCGUAAAGCGUCUGGUGAGAAUCAUUAUCAGAAACAAGAGAGGGAAGCUGCUGUGUUGGCAAGGAAGCAGAAGACUUAUGCAAUUUUGGAUGCUGAUGAUGAUGAAGACAAUGAUGUUGGGGGAAAUGUUGAUCAUAGGUCUUCCGUUGCAGAUGCUCCUGAAACCAGAAAAGUGGAUACCCAUAAAAAACGUUUCAGGAAGAAGAUUGAAAGUCAAGAUGAUGAAGAUGAUGAGGUAAUUCCACGGGGGGCAGCAGAGAGACAGGUUAAAAGACGAAUUUCUGGUGACGAAGAUGACAGUUCAGAGUCAGAAGAAGAAAGGUUGCGUGACCAAAGAGAGAGGGAGCAAUUGGAGCUGAAUAUAAGGGAACGGGAUGCAGCAGGGACACGGAAGUUAACCGAACCAAAGUUAUCACGGAGGGAGGAAGAAGAGGCAAUGAGGAGAUCUGAUGCUUUGGAGCAAGAUGGCCUUGAAACCCUAAGAAAAGUUUCAAGACAAGAAUAUUUGAAGAAAAGAGAGCAGAAGAAAAUGGAGGAAUUAAGAGAUGAUAUAGAAGAUGAGCAAUAUCUAUUUGAUGGCGUGAAGCUUACCGAAGUGGAAUAUCGCGAGUUAAGGUACAAGAAGGAAAUAUAUGAGCUUGUGAAGAAGCGGUCAGAGGAUGCUGACAAUACAAGUGAGUACAGGAUGCCGGACGCCUAUGAUCAAGAUGGCGGUGUUAAUCAGGAAAAGAGAUUUUCCGUGGCUUUGCAGCGUUACAGGGAUCCAACUGCUGCGGAAAAAAUGAAUCCUUUUGCAGAACAAGAGGCUUGGGAGGAGCAUCAAAUUGGGAAGGCAACGUUGAAAUAUGGUUCAAAAAAUAAAAAGCAAAUAUCUGAUGACCAUCAGUUUGUGUUUGAGGAUCAGAUUGAUUUUAUCAAAGCAUCAGUUAUGGAUGGCGACAAUAUUGAUGAUGGAGAAUCCACCGAGUUGCUUGAGAAGUCUAUGGCAAAAUCAGCUUUUGAGAAGCUUCAGGAGGAUAGAAAAACAUUACCUAUAUAUCCAUAUCGUGAUGAAUUGCUCAAAGCUGUUCAUGAUCAUCAGGUUCUUGUCAUUGUUGGUGAAACUGGUUCCGGGAAGACUACACAGAUACCCCAAUAUCUUCAUGAAGCUGGAUAUACAAAGCGUGGAAAGGUUGGAUGUACACAGCCACGAAGGGUCGCUGCUAUGAGUGUUGCUGCCCGAGUUUCUCAAGAAAUGGGUGUCAAACUUGGCCAUGAGGUUGGUUAUUCCAUCCGUUUUGAAGAUUGCACUUCAGAAAAGACUGUUCUUAAAUAUAUGACAGAUGGGAUGUUGUUGAGAGAAUUCCUUGGUGAGCCAGAUCUGGCAAGCUACAGUGUGGUGAUGGUGGAUGAGGCCCACGAAAGAACUCUCUCAACUGAUAUUCUAUUUGGAUUAGUAAAGGAUAUUUCUCGAUUUCGUCCUGAUCUUAAGUUGCUUAUCUCCAGUGCAACACUUGAUGCGGAGAAAUUUAGUGAUUAUUUUGAUUCAGCUCCAAUCUUUAAAAUUCCAGGGAGGCGAUAUCCUGUUGAAAUACACUACACCAAAGCUCCAGAAGCUGAUUACUUGGAUGCAGCCGUAGUUACUGUUCUCCAAAUCCAUGUGACACAAUCACCUGGAGAUAUAUUGGUUUUCUUUACUGGUCAAGAAGAGAUUGAAACAGCAGAAGAAAUUUUAAAGCACAGGACAAGGGGCCUAGGGACAAAGAUUGCUGAGCUGAUUAUCUGCCCGAUAUAUGCAAACCUACCGACUGAGCUCCAAGCAAAAAUAUUUGAACCCACUCCUGAAGGAGCACGGAAGGUCGUUCUUGCAACAAAUAUAGCUGAAACCUCCUUGACUAUCGAUGGGAUCAAAUAUGUCAUUGAUCCAGGCUUCUGUAAAAUGAAAUCCUAUAAUCCAAGGACUGGGAUGGAGUCAUUGCUGGUUGCUCCUAUUUCCAAAGCAUCAGCUAAUCAGAGGGCAGGUCGAUCUGGACGAACAGGUCCUGGAAAAUGCUUUCGACUAUAUACUGCCUACAAUUAUUACAAUGAUUUGGAAGAUAAUACAGUACCAGAAAUACAAAGGACGAACCUUGCAAAUGUUGUCCUUACACUCAAGAGCCUUGGUAUCCAUGACUUGUUAAAUUUUGAUUUUAUGGACCCACCGCCAUCUGAAGCAUUAUUAAAAGCCCUGGAGCUACUCUUUGCACUGAGUGCAUUAAAUAAACUAGGUGAGUUGACUAAAGUGGGUAGACGGAUGGCGGAGUUCCCCCUUGAUCCCAUGCUAUCCAAAAUGAUAGUUGCUUCUGAUAAGUACAAGUGCGCAGAUGAGAUCAUUUCCAUUGCUGCUAUGCUUUCAGUUGGAAACUCAAUCUUUUAUCGUCCAAAGGACAAACAAGUUCAUGCGGACAAUGCACGGAUGAAUUUUCAUACUGGAAAUGUUGGGGACCACAUUGCAUUGUUAAAGGUCUACAGUUCAUGGAAGGAGACAAAUUACUCAACACAAUGGUGUUAUGAAAAUUAUAUACAGGUUAGGAGUAUGAAGCGUGCAAGGGAUGUGCGAGAUCAGCUUGAAGGGCUCUUGGAAAGGGUUGAAAUUGAACUAACCUCAGACCCCAAUGACAUUGACGCUAUAAAAAAAGCUAUAACAUCUGGUUUUUUCCCGCACUCUGCAAGGAUGCAAAAGAAUGGAUCUUAUCGGACAGUCAAACAUCCACAGACUGUUCACAUACACCCCAGCUCAGGGCUGGCACAGGUCCUCCCUAGAUGGGUUGUGUACCAUGAGUUGGUACUCACAAGCAAGGAAUAUAUGAGACAGGUAACGGAACUAAAGCCGGAGUGGUUGGUGGAAAUAGCCCCACACUAUUACCAGCUUAAGGAUGUUGAAGACGCGGUUACAAAGAAAAAGCCUCGUGGAGAAGGGCUUGCAUCGUAGGACUGGGAGCUGGCCACAAGUCUUGGGAAAGGAGAUCGCAGAUGCUUUAGCAAAGAAGAUGAUAACUGUAUAUACAUCUUAUGGAUUUUUGGGCUAAAGGUGAUCAUAGACACAUCAAGAGAGGAAAUGGAGACUUCGGAUUUUUGGGCUAAAGGUGAUCACAGACACAUCAAUAAAGGAAAUGGAGACUGUAAAUACAAUUUUGUAUAUCUAGAAUACCUGCAUUUCCUGAAAAUGUAGAAAUCCCAGUGUAUUGAUCCCAUGAUUUUGAGGUAGAGCUUAACCCAGUGUAGAAUUUAGUUAAGAAUAGUUGCUUGUAAGAUAUUGUAUAAUGCUAUAUUUCUAGAUUAAUGUAUCUUCUUUGCUAGCUUUA